CCUUAAUGCAUGGUUGCCCUUCGUUGGGUAUAAAAAAUUUGCAUUUCAAUGUGUCUUUUGCAAUUGCUUCAUGGGUUUGUCGAUGAAAGACGCAAAGAAAACGUCUGCAUUGGCUACAAGCGAUUUCCUUAAAAAACAAAUAUGCCUUUUAGAAGAACAUCGUAUUUCAUUUGGGAAUUCAUUCUUGCGAUGUUGCAAGAAGAAGAAUGUUCGUCGAUAAUAUCCUGGACAAAGGAGUCAGAUUUAGAGUUUGAGAUCAAGGAUAUGGCUGAGUUGGCGCAGUUAUGGGGAAUGCUACGUGGUAGACCUGAGAUGGAUAAGAAGUCAUUCUUCCGAGCUUUCAGAUAUUAUUACAAAAUAAACGUCAUCAUAAAGGUCAAAUCAGGACGACGAUUAUACAGAUUUAAUAAUCAUCCAUUCCAUAUUGCAAAGAAAGCUGGAAAUGAACGAAAAUGUGGGAAAAAGGCAAAAAUAAUGAAGAUCGUCUCUACAAAUUGACUCUGACAGACGACAAGUUACAUAUUAUAACAAUUGUGUAACUCAGUGUAUACAGUCAGGCCAAGGAAUUGAAGAAGAUGUGAAAAGAGCUAUUUAUUUUACAGAGGCCAUUAUCGCCAGUAGGUCAAAGAAGAACGCAGUACAUUCCUUUGCGAUCUUCAGUUGUCGGCUGUAUGAUGUAUGGGAGUGAUUUAACCUUAAGAUGACUGAUUGAUUGAUUAACUGAAUAAAUAUGAACAAAUAUCCAUUAAUAAACAACCAGUGUGUAGAUAAUGAAGAGAGUAAUCCAAGUGAGUUAGUUAGUUGUUCACUGUAUUUGUUGCCAUUGUUAGUGAUAACAAAUAUCGUACCGAACAUGCACCUGGAAAACAAGCACCGAACCAUAAUCAAACCUUAGUAAAAUUAUUGAUUGUAGAAAGUUUAUUUAAUUUAUGUACUUUUUUAUUAUUCU